AUGAGCGACGCAACCAACCAACCGAAAGCAACUCCCGGCCGCCAUCGGCAACGCCGCACAGGGAGAGCAGCGGCCCACAAAGCCUAUGCUUCGGAAAAUGAUGUCGGAUUUUUCGAACCCAGUCUCUAUCAGAGAACGCCGCAUACACCUAGCAAGGGUCUUUCGGGGACGCCAACGCCGGGAAGCCAGUCAUCAGCCCAGGCUAACUCGAAGCAACGACAUCAUAAUCGAGGAGGCAAAGGAAAAGGCGCGCACGUUUCUCCAGACGCACAGACAGAAAGAGCCACGCCGACCGGACGAAGGGCUUCCAUGAAGGCUGGUAAUCCAGUUGCAGCUUUCGCUGGAGCCACUUUCCACGCGUCUCCCGCCCCAUCGGCACUCCCCAUCCCAAGUUUUCUUUCUAAGGCGUCCAGCGAAUCUCCGGCUAGUGUUGCCCGCCGUCCCAAUGAUCACCGAUAUUCGCCGCCAACCACGGACAACGAAGAAUCUGCACCAUACUCAACUUCAGCUCCGCGAGUCGACGAGUCGCCUUUAGAUUUCAUGUUUCGCGCCCAUAGGCAAGAGCAAAAGAGACAGCUUGGCUCAUCUCAUCACGAUGGCCAGGACUCGCCAUCCUUCUUCAACGGCAGUUCGGGUAUAUCGCCUCAGGUAAACCUACCACAGACUGCACCAGCAAGCAUUCGAUAUCAAACCGGUGGUUUUGAUCGAGCUGAGCUCGAUGGUACGCCAAGUCACGAAAUUGGACCUGCAUUCUCGACACCCUAUCACGAACGUAUUCGCGCUGCGCGCGCCUCGCGCGCCUCUGCUCCUCCGAUACCUCCCCAAAAUACUGCAUCUACUAAUAGCUCAUCCACCGAUGAUGCCACCGCUGCACUGAAGAAAUUUCUAUUUGGUGGGGGUCAGCAGGCGACUAAAUCUUCACUUUCCUCCGCAUCUUCUAUCCAACAACCUCCUCCAGCCUAUAAUCAGCCUGCUGGACAGGCUGAUGGUAACGGUCACGGUCGCGGCGAUAAUAUUCAGGCGAUGGAGAAUGAUCUUCGCCGCAUUUUGAAGCUGGACUCUUCUUCUUAG